GUCGCGUACGUCAUUGCCAACAGAUUCAUUAUUUCCAUCGCAUUCACAUCGUUGAGAAAAAUCGUCGGUUUUAGCGACGUAACAUAUUGCAAAUAAGUGCGAAACAUUGUGAUAAACUUCCUUUAGCAUUAGUUAAUCUAGUUCAAUUUUAAUAAAUUCAAAAUGUUCAUCUUGGACUGGUUCACUGGUGUACUUGGAUUCUUAGGACUAUGGAAGAAGUCAGGCAAACUGCUGUUCUUGGGGCUGGACAACGCCGGCAAGACCACACUGCUGCACAUGCUGAAGGAUGACAGACUGGCGCAGCACGUCCCCACGCUCCAUCCCACGUCGGAGGAGCUGUCAAUAGGCAGCAUGCGGUUCACGACGUUCGACCUGGGCGGGCAUCAGCAGGCGCGGCGAGUGUGGCGCGACUACUUCCCCGCCGUCGACGCCAUCGUCUUCCUCGUCGACGCGUGCGACCGCGCGCGCCUGCCCGAGUCCAAGGCGGAGUUGGACUCUCUGUUGACGGACGAGACGCUGAGCAACUGCCCCGUUCUGAUCCUGGGCAAUAAGAUCGACAAGCCCGGCGCUGCCAGCGAGGAUGAGCUGCGGCAGUUCUUCAACCUCUACCAGCAGACCACUGGCAAGGGCAAGGUGUCCCGGUCGGAGCUGCCCGGGCGGCCGCUGGAGCUGUUCAUGUGCUCGGUGCUGAAGCGGCAGGGCUACGGCGAGGGCUUCCGCUGGCUCGCGCAGUACAUCGACUGAGCGCCGCGCCCCGCGCACCCUCCCCGACCUCACGACACACGUUCACAGGUCCCAGUACGGUUCCACUACAAAUAAAACUAUCAUAUAAAACCUACAUUACAUAAACACUUAGAAAAUCCUAAUUUUAGCAUUACAAUGCACAGUCGAUGCCACAAUUCGCACGCAUAUUUGCUGAACUGAAAUGGAAUUUGAAACUUGAAUAAAAGUAGGUACAUAAGCAUUGAAAUGCAGCUAUAAAUCAUGUUUUAAAUGAAAACCGAAUAUGUAAUUUACAUCGGACCGGAACCGUAUUGAAAACCUGAAUCUUAAUAUGCAAUCUUUACAUAUAGCCAGUUACAGCUGGCGUUUCAGUUCGUGCGUUCUUCGACUAGCAGAGGUUUGGUCAUUUAUACAUAUACAAACAAAGUUUACAUAAUUUUGAGUUGUAAUUCAAUUGAAAAUUAAGCUCGAGUCAGCCCUUUAGUUGCAGGCCGGGCUGAUGUGAGUUGAUCAGGUCCGUAAGAUAUUUGCCAAGUUUUAGUGGCAAUGUUUUAGCGUGUUACACACGGGACUGUUUGCUUUCUUCUCAUACAUGUAUAUCAUGAUAAGAUCCCGUGUGUGUUACGCUGUUUUACUUGGGAAUGCACUCGUUUAUAGCAGUCUGCAGUUGGUCGACGUUCGCCCGGUCGCGGCCCUGGCCGCCCGCCCGUCCUGUCGGCAACCCUGUCUCGCUCACUAGUAUAGCUCCUUGUUAUUUUGAUACGGAAAUGUGUACAUUAUGUACACGAAGUAUACAAAAUGCGACGACACAUCUAAAAAUAUGUAAUAUUCAUGUUGUAAUACUUAGAAUAAGCUCAGUGAAUCGUUAAAGUACUUGGUGAUGGUUUUGAUUUAUCUGUUGACUUGUCUGUAAUCUUAAAUAAUUACGUAUAAAAACAGUACAAAAGAAUUUUAAUUCAUUCGUCUGGUUGCGAGCCAAGCUUUACUAGUUAGCGAGAUGUAUUUAUAUGCUGCUCUAAAAUAUCUCACCUCCAAAUAGCACCUCGAUGUGUUUGUUCUGUGUACGACAUUGACACUGACAUUUUCCGAUUCUGAUGAUGUUUUGAGAUUUUCUCAAGUAUUCUUUAGACUUGCGAAAGUAUCAUAAAGUGUGUCUAUUUAAUAAGGUAAUGGUGCAAGGCAUUAUAGUUUGAUGUUAUGUAUUAUAUCUCGGCCGACUUGAAGUAUUCCGGCGGAGUCGCCUCCGCUAGUAAUAUGUCCUCCAAAGGCAACCUGUGUCCGUCGCAUAUCGACUCAGUGUAUUGUAGUAAGAUACAAUUUUAAUUCAAAUUUGUAAUAUUUAUUUUCUUAUUCUCAUUCCAACUUUAUUGAGUGAUACAUUGAUAAUUUUGACUCUGCUAUGUAUUUAUGAAAUAGUGCUCAUUGUGUUGUAUAUUUCUGAAACGACUUGUUAUAUUUUUGUAAAUUAUUUCAAUCACUUACGUUUUUUUUUCAAUGUGAUCAUCAUGCAUUGUAUGUUCGAAACGGCUAGCCUACGCUGCUGGUGGAUCGCGCCUCGACAAGAUAGUUUUCUAUUUGAAUCGAUUCUAUCAGAUGGUAUAGAUUGAUUUAUCGUAAAUCAUUAUCAGUUUGAAGUGGAAUACUAAAGCACAAACACAUUCAACUUGUAAAUCAUUUUUGUACAGUUUGUAAAUGUGACAAUCAGUACAAGAGUCCAUGUAAACAGAUUGCCAAAUAAAUGUUUCGGUGUAAGGUAGUGGUCGGCGGUCGGCGGUCGGCAGUCGAGCCGUUUCUGUAAUUAGUUGCGAUCAAUGCGCUGGCUUGCCAGCUUAUUAGAUGAUGUUCUUUGGUAUAUUAUUUGCAGUUUAAGUCCAAAAAAAAAGUUUGUAAUAAAAUUUAUAUGAAAUA